AUGGCACCCGAGACGAGUCCAAAAGAAGGCAAGACUCGGACCACUGUUCUGAACCCUCCGUCGACGUCUCCUGCCCAGGUCCACAACAAUGCAUCCAAAGCUGGUGGCCCGGGGUCAAAAAAGCGAGACACCGCUUCGAACUCAACAUCCCGACCCUCUGCGACGCGACGAGCUUCUGAACACAAGCUAUCGGACGCAGAGCAGUACGCGAAUGCUCACUCCAAAUCUCACAGGGACACCAACGCAGGCGCGAAUAAGAAGCCCAUAUUCGAAUGGAUCUCCAGAAAACUAGGCAAAAAACAUGAAGGCUUCCCUCAUCAUACCAACGAAUCAACCUCGUCUUCGUCUCCCAGAACUGGGAACUCCUCCACCCUCCCAGGCAUCACGACCACCCCCCGCGGUCGAUUCGUCUCUCUCCCUGUAGCCCAUACCGAACCUCCGUCUCCAACACGAUUGUUCUCACCUCUCAGUCGCGAUGAUUCAGGCCGCCUCACGCAUUCUGAAUCUGUCUCGCUGAGACGAUAUCCUCAUUCUAUAGCGGAUUCCGAGCGAAUGCGGAUACGAGAAGCCAACAAUCCCUAUCCUUCGAUUCCCGUGCCUAUGCCGAGAGAUUCGACGUUGGACUCACAAUCCAUGUCGUUCGUGAGUCGUUCGCGAACACCGUCCCUUCGUUCAGAAACGUCUACGAGGCCCAGGAUAUCAUUCGCCGAUGAUUCCUCACAACGUUGGAGUGGAGCAGAUGAGGAUGCUUCCAUACGGCCUUUCCCACCUUCUCACCCUGCUUCUCCGGCUCCUUCAACUUCCGUCAUCUCACGUUCGGCCUCAGCCUCUCUCCUUUCGCCAGGCGCUUUUGGGACUUAUGGAGCUUCGUUCAGAAGGUCACAGUAUUCCGCUACAGAUUCGACCAACUCAUCUGAUGUGGAUCGCGUGGAUCGCAGUCGAAGAGAUAGCGCAAGUACAAAGCCGACAACUAUACUCAGCAUCGAUGCCGAGCCUCCUCCUGCGCACAUCGCCACUGUACCUCCUGCUCCGACAUCAGCACCUUCACCGACACCUGCGCCUGUCGCGGGUCCCUCUUCUCCCCUACGACGAGUUGAAGGUCCGACAAGUCCUCUUGACGAUGUCCCUCCUUCCCUUGACUAUGUUCAAGCACCGAGACACUCGCAUCCUCAUCCCCGUGAUAACCCACAUCCUUCGUCACCACCGGACCCCAACGCCUCCACCUUGACCUUGGCCUCGAGUACCUUUGCGACGGGUCAACUGUCCCCGAAUCCUAACCAGGUUCCGAUACCUGGGCCCGCUUCAGUUCGCCUACGCGAUUUGUCAAAUCCCGCCGCCAGAUCGUCUGCUCUCGCGACCAGUCCAAGCGUCACAUUCGCACCUGAGACCUCGGCGAUGGAUCGACCACCCUCCAUGAUCGACUCGAAUCCUCCUUCGACCCAUGCCUUGAGCUUGUACGGAGGGAUGUCUAUGCGUACCGGUCGUGGUGUCGCAGACGGAGACGCUAGCGUUCGAGCAGUGAGACGGAAAGGCAGCUGGGAAAGUAACGAGUCGAGGUGGAGCUGGCGAGGAGCUCGAGGGCAGCAGGUACCAGGAGGUGGAGCCAGUACGCCCGGAGGCAGUGUAUUGAAUCCCAUGAUGGAGGGACGGGUCGAAGGGAUGGGGCACGAUGGACGCGACUCAUAUGGCGCUUUCCUAGAUGGACCGGAGAGGAGAACUUCUCGUGACUUGGCUCGCACUAUCGCUGUUGGGAGUAUAGCAGAGGAUGGCAUGCCAGAGGUAGACGACAUCAUUUCGACGAGAUAG